GCAGUCCCAUGAUAGUUGGGGUAGAAAUGUGUGUAGGAUGCAGGGGCGGACUGACCAUUUGGAAACUUGGGCACUGCCCGAGGGCACUGGGAUGCCCCUGGCAGGGGCGGACUUACAACUCAUGGGGCCCCGGGCAAUAGGGGAUCAUGGGGCCCCUGUGUCCUUGCCCAAAUUCAAAAAAGCCUAUGAAAAAGGUACCAGGGGCAUCUCAUGGGGCCCCCUACUGACCCCGGGCCCUCGGGCAGUGCCCGAGUUUCCAAAUGGUCAGUCCGCCCCUGGUACCUUUUUC